AUGGCCACACAGAUGGGAUUCCUAUCGUAUGGAAUAAUUUUGACACUUACGGUCUUGACUGUGUUAUUGCCAAUACUAACUACAGGAAACGUCAUAGAUCAGAGAGUACUGCAAAGAGAACUUGGAGAAAACUCUCCUGAAAUAAUGUCAAUGAGCGACAAGGAUGUUUUCCGCGACAUUGAAGAACCAGCUAUCGAUGAUUUUACCAUAAAAACUAAGAGCGAGGACCAAAACCUCGAGAUUGCGCUGAUCGACUACCUGUUUGCCAAACAAAUGAUGAACAGAAUCCGCGCCCGGACGGAUUCGUUUCGCGCACAGAAGAAGAGAAGUUAUUGGAAGCAAUGCGCUUUCAACGCGGUGUCGUGCUUCGGUUAA